CGCAAAAUGUUACCUUGUGAGGUGUUGGCGGUUUUCAAGAACUGCAACGUUAAAAAUUGGGUCAUGAUGUAAACGGUAAAACUUAGUAUCGUUUUUUUAUUGGUUGAUACAGAUCAGAUGCAUUCGGAAGAAUACCACCUCUGUUGUCAACAUAUUUGCUGUUAUGAAUCUUUGUGGAUUUAUAAAUUCCGUCAAAGUUGUAUGAGAAAUGUUCCCACAGUUGUAUGAUUAUCGACCAAGCAAGUCCAAUAUUUAUUUUUAUUUUAACAAAAGUUGUGAGUAUUUUGUGAUGAUAUUGUGAAUUUACAAAUAAAAAUGGCAACAAUUAAAAUCCCCGAGCAAAAAGUAAUACUUUGCGGAGAAUAUGGCGUGGGAAAAAGUUCGCUAUUUCGAAGAUUUACAAAUAACACAUUCGUUACAGCUACAGAUCGACAAUCCACCUUAGGGCUAGAUCAUUUCGAUAAAACCUACAACGUCGGUGACAAAAGCUUAAAACUUCAGUUAUGGGAUACUGGAGGCAUGGAGAGAAUUGCGUCUAUUACGUCGAGUUACUAUAAGUUCGCGGAAGCAGCGAUUAUAGUGUUCUCCCUAGACAAUUCGGCAUCUUUUCAUAGUUUGUCACAACAUUUAUUAGAUGUGGUGACAUAUGCAGAAAGUGCCAAAAUAUUUCUUUGCGGAAAUAAGUCCGAUUUGGAAGGGGAGAAACCGCAAGUGACUGAUGCCGAUAUUGAAACAUUUUGUGAACAAUGUCACAAUCUAAUCAGCGGCGUGUACAAAACAUCUUGCAAACUUGCCGAUGGAAUCGAGGAGAUGUUUACCGAUAUUGCUUGUCACUUGGCAGAAUCGAACAGAUCACGUCUGGAAUUACAAACAAUGAAGCACCACGGUUUCAAAGUAUUACCGGCUGACGAACAGACGGCAGAAGGCUCAUGCUUAUGUUAAUAUUUAUUUUGUCAAAGAUUAUCUAGUCGCACUAAUUUUAUUUAACUGCCUGCCAAUAAUCUUGCACAACUGAUCAAACAAAUGAAUCCAUGACGUCCUCUCAUGCUGUGAUCAUUACAUAGCUUUCAAGUAGGCUGACUGAGUAUUAUUUGUAAUAUGCAUAUUGAAAAUUUUUUAAAUUAAUUUACACUGCCAUCCUACACUAAAAAUCAUCUUAUUUUAAGUUUUUCACGCCCAUUUCCUACAAAAUAAACAUUCUAAGCCAAAUUUAUAAGAUGUUUAUUUUCUAACGAAAUGCAAGUGUAACAACUCCAAAAACGUCCUUAACUUUUUGCUAAGGAUGGCAGUACGCAUUGUCAAAUCAAGUCAUUUGAAUUGAGGAUGUAUAAUAUAAUAAUCAAGCACAAUAUAACAGAGAAGAACUUGAUAUAUUUAUAAUUCUGAAUGUAUAACACAUAUAGCAAUCAUCACAUUUAAACUAUAAUGAAGAGUAGCAUAGACACUCAUGUUAUUGAGCUUUUUCAAAUAAACGAAAUGAUUUGUAAUACGAGUUUUUAGCCAGUGAAUGGUGAAAUUGUAUAAGCAAUAGUAAUACUAGAGAAGAAAGUGGAGUUUUUCAACUUGAGGUCAAAAUUUGACACACAACCGUAGUUGAGAAACACUUUCUUUUCAAGUUUUACACAUUUUUUCUGAAACUACAAUCAAAAUUAUCGUAUGCAAUAAUGAAGUUUGACACAAUAUAGCAACCUAGAUAUGGGUACAUUUCAAUUUUAAAUAUUAAGAUUAACGCAGC